AUGCCUCGUACCUCAAACAAGGCUGCUUCAGGAGUCACACAGGCUUUAACUUCAUGCAGCAAGCAGGUCCACCAAGUUCUCAAUGCAAAGCAGAUAAUGGAGCUUGAAUUCCACUGGAAUCAGCUCAUCGACAAAUUGGGGAAAGGAAACGGGCUUUCCAAGGAACAGGUCCUUGCUGUCGUUAGGACAAAUGCAAAGGCAUUGGAUGAGCAUUCAAUGCUGCCUCUCCUCCAGCAAGCAGUGGAGCAUUAUGAUUCAUUUGAGUCAAGCAGAGCCUCACACUGUUCAAAAGUUAGCUUGGCCAACGGUCUCCAGCUUGGCAAGUGGCAAACUCUUGCUCAAAUGACUGAGCCCAACAGUGUCCCUGGUAUCAAGGUCCACCUGGUUGACUUUGAUGAAACCAGUGAUGCAUGCUUCAAGCUAUGCAUGACUCAUCACUGGGUAUUUGAGGCUAAUGGAGGCUGUACUGAAGAUGCUGAAACUGUCAAGAAAAAAUUUUAUGUUGGGGAGAAUAAAGAUGAGUGGCUGGUGCUGGAUGCAGAAUCAUCACAUAUUGUUCUAAAUCGCAGCAUUCCUGCUCUUUUCUCACCAUCUAUCACCUCAGAUUCCAAAGGAUACUACUUUGAGUUUAUGUCAUAUCCAUACAAACCUGAUCCCAAUCCAACUUCCAGACCCUCCACUCUACCACCUCUGGAGUCCUACCCUACCCCUGUCCACUCCGAUACUGAAAGGUUGCUUACUAUUUUGGGGACGGUAACGUUCCGUUCCCCUGUUCACCUCAGGCCUCAGUAG